AUGGCACGGAAUAUUUUGGUAAUUCCUAUGUCAAAAGUUACACCAGAGUUUGCUUUUAACAAUGGAGGGAGCGUGUUUGAUCAUGAAUGGAGUUCGCUGCGACCGACGACUGUGCAAGCGUUGAUAUGCACUCAAGAUUGGCUGAGUGAAGAAGCAGAGUUAUCACUUACUCUGGUUGUAAAGGAUGUACUGAUGGAAGAUGAUAGUCCUUUUCAAGAAAAAGUAGGGUUAUUGGCUAAUGGAAUACCAUGGGAUGUGCUUUUUAGUUCGGCUGUUUGGUGGUUAUGGAAGCGAAGAAACUUGUUGGUUUUUAAUGAGAAUAAUGACCAGGAUACUAUUGAUGCGUCCUUUAUUCAGCUUCGAGCAAAAGAAUAUAUUCAUGCAUGGAGGUUUUCGAUGCAGGCUGGGUCUGGACCGAGAGGCCGGUCUUUGAAGUAUGUUGGGUGGAAGCCGCCAGAAACAGGCUGGGUGGUAGUGAAUUCCGAUGGUAGUGCAUUGUUGUCAGCAGGAAGGCCAAAACCCACAAAGAGAGACUCAAUUCAACAAUUACUUUCCAUUCCUUCUUUGUUUCUUUACCAGAUUGCAACCACGGAGUUCCCUAAUCAAGAACCGGAUCAAGGCCCUUCCCUCAGAAAGACGGGAAGGGGCAAAAUAGAAAUCAAACGAAUCGAAAACACUACUAACAGGCAAGUCACCUUCUGCAAGCGUCGCAAUGGAUUGCUCAAGAAAGCUUAUGAAUUAUCCGUCCUCUGCGAUGCUGAAGUUGCUCUCAUAGUCUUCUCUAGCCGAGGCCGCCUCUACGAGUAUGCUAAUAACAGUGUGAGAGCAACAAUUGAUAGGUACAAGAAAGCCAGUGCAGACUCCUCAAACCCAGCAUCUGCUUCUGAAGCUAACACUCAGUUCUACCAGCAAGAAUCCUCCAAACUACGCAGGCAAAUUCGUGAAAUUCAAAAUUUAAAUAGGCAUAUUCUGGGUGAGGCACUGAGCACCUUGACCUUUAAGGAACUUAAGAACUUGGAAGGCAGAUUGGAGAAAGGCAUCAGCAGAAUUAGGUCCAAAAAGAAUGAAAUGCUAUUUGCUGAAAUCGAGUACAUGCAGAAAAGGGAGAUUGAGCUGCAAAAUGACAACAUGUACCUGCGAGCAAAGAUAGCUGAAAAUGAGAGAGCACAACAGCAGCAGCAGCAAACGAGCCUAAUGCCUGGAGGUUCUGUGUAUGAAUCAGUGCCUUCGCAGGCAUAUGAUCGGAACUUUAUCCCCGUAAACCUCCUGGAACCAAACCAUCACUACUCUCGCCCAGACCACACUGCUCUUCAACUUGUAUAAUGUGAGAUGGGGGGUCUGUCUGCUGCUUCUGGCUUCCCACUUGGGAAAGUGAGGAAGGCCUUUUACAGUUUAGUGUAAUAGACUUGGAACGUUAAUAUUGAAAACAAGUCUUGUAUACUAGUAUGAUGAAGAUGAACUUUGUUAAAUUCUAAACCAAUGCAAUGAGGGCUUCUCGCCCACAGUAUCUUAUGCCUCUUCAAAAAUUGUGUAAAGCUACUGCUACUGCACGCACCAAUAUUAUUAAUCCUUCCUUCCUUUUCUUUAA